UUCCAGCUUGGUGAGUUGGGCAAGGGAGCGGGCAAAGGUGGGGGUGGAGGAGGCUCCGUGAGGGAGGCGGGCGGUGCCUUCGGGAAGAGGCAAGUAGCGGAGGAGGAGCGCUACUUCAGGCAGAAGGAGAAGGAGCAGAUGGAGGCGCUGAGGAAACAUCACGUGGAGGAGAUCGAACACCACAAAAAGGAGAUCGAGCGCCUGCAGAAGGAGAUCGACCGCCACAAGGGCAAAAUCCGAAAGCUGAAACACGACGACUGAGGCAGAGCGGGGAAGCCCAUCGUCCGUGUUCCUCCAAGCUGUCCCGGACCCAGAAUCGCUGCCAAGUCUUUAAUUAUAAGAUAUCGAUUGAUAUUUUUUUUACUGCUGGUCGAGGCAGGUCCUGUAUCAGACUUGAUACUGACGGCAUGGAAACUUUUAAGAAAAACAAUAAAGCACUUCGAUAUUUACAUUCAGUGAAA